GAUUAAUUUAAGGCGCACUCUCAAAUUGUCAGAGCACAAAAUUAGCAGUGAACAGUUUGUUUUUUAUUUGUCGAAAACGUCAAAAACCUUUGUGUAAAAAAAGCACUGUAAACUGAUUAUUGAAACUGUAUUACCAAAGAUGGGCAAGGACUUUUAUAAAACGCUCGGGAUUAGCCGCAACGCUAAGGAUGACGAGAUAAAGAAGGCAUAUAGAAAGUUGGCGCUCAAGUACCAUCCGGACAAGAACAAGAGCUCCAAGGCCGAAGAACGUUUCAAAGAGGUGGCCGAGGCGUACGAAGUGCUUUCUGAUAAAAAGAAGCGUGACAUCUAUGAUCAAUAUGGCGAGGAGGGCCUCAAGCACGGAAUACCCGGUCAUCCCAGCAACCAAGGUGGCUCGUCCUUCGCCUAUCAGUUCCAUGGCGAUCCACGCGCUACAUUUGCCCAGUUCUUUGGAUCGAGCGAUCCAUUCAACAUAUUUUUUGGCGAUAACCUUGAGCAUACCUUCAUGACGGAUGAGAACAGUCCGCGCAGCGUUUGGGGCAAUGCUGGUCUCUUUCAGACACGUCCCGAACAGGAUCCGCCCAUUGAGCAUGAGCUGUAUGUGGCCCUAGAGGACAUCAACACUGGUUGCAACAAGAAAAUGCAAAUCUCGCGCAUGAGAAUGCACCAUGGCCAGUCGCGCAAAGAGGUCAAAUUGCUGGACAUUGAGAUCAAGCCUGGCUGGAAGGCUGGCACCAAGAUUACAUUCUCCAAGGAGGGCGACGAGGUACCCAACCGCAUACCGGCCGACAUAGUGUUCAUCAUACGCGACAAGCCGCAUCCAGUGUUCCAGCGUGAGGGCAGCGACAUCCAAUACACUGCCAAAAUUUCCCUGAAGCAGGCGUUGUGCGGCACCACCAUCCAGGUGCCCACACUGCAGGGAUCUCCAUUCCCGUUGUGCACCAACGGCGAAAUCAUAAAGCCAGCCACCAUUAAGCGUUUCGCUGACCGCGGCCUACCCUUUCCAAAGGAUUCGACACGCCGAGGUGCGCUCUUGGUGAACUUUAACAUCAUCUUUCCAGACACGUUGUCCACACGCCUGAUCACAACGCUGGGUGAGCUGCUGCCUAAUUAUUAGUAACAUGCGCAAGGACACGCGCAUAACACACAUACGCGCAUAGCAUAGCUCACACACAAACACACACGAUUCCAGAUAUACGCAUUUAAUGUAAAUUCCUUGUCAAAUGGAUAUACACAAUAUAGCUACAGUCCAACUAACUA